AUGGAGGAGAAUCACAAGAGAGAACCAGACUUCAAGUCGUCUUCUUCUUUCUCGUCCUCCAUGGCAACAACAUUUGCCGAUGAGCAAUUACAAUUCCUUUGGGUUCAAGGACUUGUUGGGCGUCCAGGAUUACGGUACCCCUUCUUUGUUCGAUUGGGUUCCGCCACUGCCGCCACCGGAGCCACUACCACGGUGUCGCCCGUCGUAGGUGAUGCAGUCCUCCAGUCCCUACCAUCGCAGGUGAGCUCCGGCGGGGUGCUGAAUACUCCGGCCACCCCGAAUUCCUCGUCACUCUCAUCCUCAUCAAACGACGCGGCCACCGGCCCCAACAGUGGCGGCUGCGGCAGUGCGAUGGAAGAACAGCAGAAUUGUAAAGCAGAGGAUGAAGAUGUGGACGGAGGAAGAGGAGAGGACCAAGAACAAGACAAAUCUAAGGAACAGGUGAAACCAAAGAAGAAGAAGCAAAAGAAGGAAAGACAGCCGAGAUUUGCGUUCAUGACAAAGAGCGAAGUGGAUCACCUCGACGAUGGCUAUAGGUGGCGCAAGUACGGCCAAAAAGCUGUCAAGAACAGCCCUUUUCCCAGGAGCUAUUAUCGGUGCACGACGGCUGGUUGCGGCGUGAAGAAGAGGGUGGAGCGAUCAUCGGACGACCCUACCGUCGUGGUGACGACCUACGAGGGGCAGCACAAGCACCCAAGUCCGGUGGCGGCAGCGGCGAUUCGGGCGGGCUUUGGGUACGGCGGCGGCGGUUUUGGUUCGACGCACUUGGUGGUUCCACAGGCGCAGAUGAUGAAUGUGUCGUCGUCUUCGCCGCCGCCAUUGUUGUAUAACUCAAGCUCGUCGUCGUUGGGAAUUGGAUCUAGCAGCUACAUGAACAUGAAUUCAUCGACGACGUCGUUUUUGAGCUCUUAUCAUAACAGCAACAGAUCAGAUUUUGGAGUUCUAGAGUCUAGAAUCGAUGAAGCUACUAGCUUUUUAAGAGACAAUGGGCUUCUUCAGGACAUUAUUGUGCCAUCGCAGAUGAUGAUGAGGAACAAGGAUGAUGAAAAGCGGCGAUAUAAUUGUACUGGGUAAUAUGUUAUAUAUAUAAUUAAUUAAAUUUAAUAUAUGUGUAUCGGUUUGUCAUAUGCUUUCUCAUAUUGGAUUUAAUAUAUAUUAGUGAUCACUUGUGAAAGCUACCAUAUAUAGUGUUUGCAUGUGGGCUAUAUAUAUGGCUAAUUAGAGGAUUAUUCUAAUUAAGUAUAUUAGAUUUUGUUGUUAUGGAGGCCUAAUCAGAUUUUGAUUGUGCGACUCUCGAUCAAUAUAAUUUCUAGUUUUCUUUUC